GGAGUAGCGCUGGCCUCCAAGAUGGCGGCCAUGGCAACGGCGUCCGGGCAGCAGCAGAGUGACUGCUGUUUCAGUACUCCAGAUUCUGGUCAACACUUUCAAUUUCAGAACUGGACAGUUAAAGCUGAUCAAGCUAAGAAAGCUGAAUUCAUAAGAACAGCAGAAAUACUAAAAAAUCAACUUGUGAAUAUAGAAAAAGACAAAAAUGGUCAUCUCUACAGCAAGAAGAGUGAUUUCAGGGUGGAAUACAGCACACUGGAAGAACUGGAACAUAAAAUGACUAACAACAGGAAAGCUGACAAAGCUAAAAUCCAGCAACAACUAGCAAAAAUACACAAUAAUGUUAAGAGACUUCAACGACAAUUGAAAGAUGUGAAGCCUACACCGGAAUUCAUUGAAAAGCUCAGGGAAAUGAUGGAAGAAGCUGAAAAUGCAAUAAAUGGUUUUAAAGAAGAACAGCGACUAAUAUAUGAAGAGCUUAUGAAGGAGGAGAAGACUGCUACUAAUGAGCUCAGUGCCUUACAGAAAAAAAUUGACACAUGGGCACUGGGUAGUUCAGCCAUAGAAAGAGUUUUCAGGUUACCAUCAGGCAAGGUUCCAGUAGACAAAACACUGCAAAAUCAUCUACCUGAAGAAGUAGUAGAAUUUGAAAGGUUCCUUCAGCAAACAGGAGGACGACAAGGAGGCUGGGAUGAUUAUGAUCAUCAACACUUUUUGAAAGUAUGGACAAAACAUAAAGGAAAGCCAUCCUAUAUAGAAGAAGCCCUUGAGUAUCUCUCUGGAAGAACAAAAGAGGAUAUUCAACAGCAUGAGACAUGGUAUCAAGAAUUUCUGAUUUUAGAGGAAAGAAAAAAAGAGUCUAUUGAAAAGUGGAAAAUGAAGAAGCAACAAGAAAAACAAGAAAUCUUAAAGCAAAAGCAGAAGUCAGAGAAAAUGCUCAAAACAGAAAAUCUUCAACAAGAAGCAGCUCAGAAGCAAAAAGCAGAGAAGGAAAGGAAAAAGCAACAAGCAGCUGUCGAAGCCUGGAAAAGACAUAAAGAAAUAGAAUUUGCAAUGAAACAAGCAUCUCGACUGAAACAGGAAGAAGAGAGGGAGAAAAAGCAGCAGAAGGAACGCCAGCGCCAGUUCCAACUGAAGCUACUGCUAGAAAAGUACACUCGGCAGAAGGAGGAACAGGAGGCGCUCCAAAGACUUGAAAAGGAGAAGAGGGAGGAGGCUGAAAGGGAAGAGAGGAAGAGAAUUGCUGCAGAAGAAAUUUCUAAGUUUCAAGAGCGAGAUCUUCAUAAACUUGAAGUAAAGAUUCUAGAAAAGCAGGCAAAAGAGGAGGAAAAAAUAGAAAAAGAAAAAAGACUGGCAAAGUUAAGAGAGAAGCUUUAUUCUUUCUGCUGCCUUCUUCUAAGAGGCAAUUAUUUUUCCUAUCCAAAUGACCUCUUACAGCUGAAGAUUACUUUUUGUCAUGGCAAAAUAACGAACAACCCACCUCAGAAUGGGAAAGGUCUUGGCUUUUUACAGUGGAAAAAGGGCAUAAUUUUUGUUUAA